AAGCAAAUAACAACAAUGGAGCCAGGUGCUAAGUCAGUAUCUAGCCCUGACUGGGAACCCGAGACACACCAGACACCAAUCACCCAGCCAGAGCCUGGGCCAGAAAAGGCACCCACAGCCCAGCCAGCACCUAAGACUCAGCAGGGACCCAAUACCCAACAGGAGCCUGCUUCACAGCAAAGACCCCUCACUCAGCAGGAGGCCCUUGCCAAACAGGAAGCUGAAUCCCAGCAGGAACCUAGAACCCAACAAAAAUAUGCUUUGCAGCAGAAAUUUCUUGCCCCACAGGAACCUGCACCACAGCAAUCACCUCCCACCCAAAGGGUGACCUUCACUCAACAGGAAGCUUCCUCACAGCUGAGACCUGGGCCAGGAAUAAAAUCUAGAAGUCAACAGGAACCAGACUUGAGAGAGAGACCUGUAUCCCAGCCAGGACCUGGCCCAGGGGAGCCAUCUCUAGCUCAACAAGAAGCUGGAACAACACCUUCACCCCAGCCUAGACCUGGACCCCAAAAUGGACCACCUGCCCAGACUGAAUCUACAUCCCAAGAAAGACCAGGACAGUCAGACCCUACAGCCCAGCAAACAGCUCCAGCCCAGGGAGCCAAAUCCCAGCAGGGAUCUUUGACCCAGUGGGGAUUUCUAUCAGAACUGCACCAGCUGUCCUCACAGCAACCGGCCUCAGAGUGGAAGACAUGUUUUGAGUGGGUCUCAGAUCUGGACACAGAAUCAGAUUUGGGGUCUCCAUCAGGGACCAAUUUACCAGCCAUGAGGAGUGGGACAGUGGCCCAGGAAAUGAAGCUGGCCUUCAAGGCAAAGCCUGGUUAUGGAGUGAUGUCAGGACGUGGUGAGACAUCAGCACACGGGAAGAAAAGCCCCAGCCAGAAUCACAGAUACUAUGGGGACAUGGCCUCGCAGCUCACACACACCAUGGACCUGCACACGAUGACACAGUCGCUGGUGACUCUGGCAGAGGACAACAUGGCCUUCUUCUCGAGCCAAGGCCCUGGGGAGACAGCACGGCGGCUGUCAGGUGUCUUUGCCGGUGUUCGGGAGCAGGCGCUGGGGCUGGAGCCCACCCUGGGCCGCCUGCUGAGCGUGGCACACCUCUUUGACCUGGAUGCAGAGACGCCGGCCAAUGGGUACCGCAGCCUGGUGCACACAGCCCGCUGCUGCCUGGCGCACCUGCUGCACAAAUCGCGCUACGUGGCCUCCAACCGCCGCAGCAUCUUCUUCCGCACCAGCCACAACCUGGCAGAACUCGAGGCCUAUCUGGCCGCCCUCACCCAGCUCCGUGCUCUGGCCUACUAUGCCCAGCGCCUCCUGACGACCAACCAGCCCGGGAGGCUCUUCUUUGAGGGUGAUGAAGGGCUCAUCGCAGACUUCCUGCGUGAGUACGUCACACUGCACAAGGGCUGCUUCUAUGGCCGCUGCUUGGGCUUCCAGUUCACGCCCGCCAUCCGGCCAUUCCUGCAGACCAUCUCCAUCGGGCUGGUGUCCUUCGGGGAGCACUACAAACGCAACGAGACGGGCCUCAGUGUGACCGCCAGCUCCCUCUUCACCAGUGGCCGCUUCGCCAUCGACCCAGAGCUGCGUGGGGCCGAGUUUGAGCGGAUCACACAGAACUUGGAUGUGCACUUCUGGAAAGCCUUCUGGAAUAUCACCGAGAUUGAGGUGCUAUCGUCGCUAGCAAACAUGGCAUCGGCCACCGUGAGGGUAAGCCGCCUGCUCAGCCUGCCACCAGAGGCCUUUGAAAUGCCGCUGACCAGUGACCCCAAUCUCACGGUCACCAUCUCACCCGCCUUGGCCCACACAGGCCCCGGGCCAGUCCUCGUCAGGCUCAUCUCUUAUGACCUGCGUGAAGGACAGGACAGUGGGGAGCUCAGCAGUCUGGCGAAGUCCGAGGGCCCGCGGAGCCUGGAGCUGCGGCCACGACCCCAGCAGGCGCCCCGCUCCCGGUCCCUGGUGGUGCACAUCCACGGCGGCGGCUUCGUGGCCCAGACCUCCAAAUCCCAUGAGCCCUACCUCAAGAGCUGGGCCCAGGAGCUGGGUGCCCCCAUCCUCUCCAUCGACUACUCCCUGGCCCCAGAGGCCCCCUUCCCCCGUGCGCUGGAGGAGUGCUUCUACGCCUACUGCUGGGCCGUCAAGCACUGUGCCCUCCUCGGCUCAACAGGUGAGCGGAUAUGCCUCGCAGGGGACAGUGCAGGCGGGAACCUCUGCUUCACCGUCUCCCUUCGGGCAGCAGCCUAUGGGGUGCGGGUGCCAGAUGGCAUCAUGGCAGCCUACCCAGCCACAAUGCUGCAGUCUACCGCCUCUCCCUCCCGCCUUCUGAGCCUCAUGGACCCCCUGCUGCCCCUCAGCGUGCUCUCCAAGUGUGUCAGCGCCUAUGCUGGUGGGGAGACAGAGGACCACUCUGACUCGGACCAGAAGGCGCUGGGCAUGAUGGGGCUGGUGCGGCGGGACACAGCCCUGCUCUUCCGAGACCUCCGCCUGGGUGCCUCCUCGUGGCUCAACUCGUUCCUAGAGCUGAGCAGGCACAAGUCCCACACCAACUCGGUGCCCAUGGCAGAGCCAAUGCGGCGCAGCGUGUCUGAAGCAGCACUGGCCCAGCCGGAGGGCCCAGUAGGCACAGACUCCCUCAAGAGCCUGACACUGCAUGACCUGAGCCUAAAGAGCAGCUCUGAGACAUCGGAAACCCCCGAUCUAUCGCUGUCAGCAGAGACACUUGGCCCCUCCACACCGUCGGAUGUCAACUUCUUACUUCAGUCAGAGGAUGCGCCAGAAGAGGCUAAGGCCCGAGAUGAGAUGAGCACCAAGGACAGAAGUCGGGGCGUCGGGGCCGCUUUCCCUGAGGGUUUCCACCCAAGGCGCUCCAGCCAGGGCGCAACACGGAUGCCCCUCUACUCGUCACCCAUCGCCAAGAACCCCUUCAUGUCACCGCUGCUGGCACCUGACGGCAUGCUGCAGAGCCUGCCACCCGUGCACAUCGUGGCAUGCGCUCUGGACCCCAUGCUGGACGACUCGGUCAUGUUCGCGCGGCGGCUGCGCAGCCUGGGCCAGCCCGUGACGCUGCGCGUGGUGGAGGACCUGCCGCACGGCUUCCUGAGCCUGGCGGCGCUGUGCCAGGAGACGCGGCAGGCGGCGGCGCUGUGCGUGGAGCGCAUCCGCCUCAUCCUCACUCCUCCCGGCCCUGCAAGGCUGCCGGUCUGAGCCGCCAGCAGGAGCCGGGCCGCGGGGAGAUGAGGGUUGCGGUGGGCGACACUAAAAGCCUCUCGUUCCCAUCUGCGCAGGUCUCAGUGGUGAAUGCGCUCUAGGAUUGGC